AUGGCAGACGUUGGUCUCAACGAUGGCCCUGCGCUUUCGCAGUCACCCCGAGAUGCCGAUGCGCCACCAACAAGUGCUGGUUCCGACGCCCACUCCGCAUCCCCUGUGAUCUCGGACGAGGUGAAGGCUCGCAUGGACAAAGUUAUUUACUCCGAUAUCGGUAUUACAACCCUCUUGACCCGGUUGAAACAAAGUGUCGCCUCAGCUAGGGAUUUCUCAACGUUCCUCAAGAAACGAUCUAUUUUAGAAGAGGAACAUGCUCAAGGCUUGCGAAAACUGUCCCGCUCUCUCCUCGAUGCUUCCGUUCGCACCGAUAACCGUCAAGGCACCUAUAGUCAGAGUAAUAAUGACCUCAGCCGCUUCCACGAUCGCAUGGCAGAUCAUGGACUACAGUUCGCAGUUUCCCUGCAACAGAUGGCUGAUGAUCUUCACGAGUUGGCGUCGAAUAUCGAGAAGGGUCGCAAGCAAUGGAAGCAAACCGGCCUGAGCGCGGAAAAGAGAGUACUGGAGGCGGAGGCAGCAGCGGAGAAAGCGAAGGCCAAGUAUGAGUCGCUUGCGGAGCAGUAUGAUCGGGUGAAGACUGGAGAUAAGCAGGGUGGGAAAUUUGGCCUUAAGGGCCCGAAGUCCGCCGCUCAGCACGAGGAGGAGUUGUUGCGCAAGGUCCAGAACGCAGACUCGGACUAUGCGUCCAAGGUCCAGGCUGCCCAGGCGGCCCGACAAGAGCUAGUUUCCACCCACCGACCUCAGGCAGUGCACAAUAUCCAACAAUUGAUCUCGGAAAGCGAUUCCGGCCUUACGUUGCAGCUGCAGAAGUUUGCAACCUUUAAUGAGAAGCUCUUGCUGGGCCAGGGCUUGUCUAUCAGCCCUCUGAAAGAAGGCGCAGGAAAUACUGCUACAGCACCAAAGAGCCUCUAUGAGGUGAUCCAACAAAUCGAUAACCAGAAAGAUUACCGCGACUAUAUUCUAAGCCAUCAAAACAACCCCGGGGCGAUCACGUCGGAACAGAUCGAGUAUAAACGUCAUCCGACACUUGGAGGUACUUCUGGACCUGUUGCUCCAGCUUCUCAACCCAAUACGCAAAACAAACGCAAUUCGUCCAUGUUGCUUCAGUCAUUUUCCCAGCAACAUCUCCCUACUCAUUCUGCUCAACAAUCCCCAGCACCCGCCGCCGCUCCUCCCGCUCCAAGUACUCAGCAGACAUCUUACCCGCACAAUCCAGAUUCGUACGCGUCGCCAACGUUCCAGCCACCUUAUCCAGUAGGUGACGGCCCAGCCGUGCCUGAAAAGCAACCCUUAAUUCCCCCAACCAUGGCAGCGGCGCCAAGCCCGCUACCACCAGCUGGAGGCAACUUUCAGCAACAUCUCCCCCCACUAAAACCAGUGUUUGGAGUUUCUCUCGAGGAUCUGUAUGCAAGAGAUGGGACUGCAGUUCCUAUGAUUGUAUACCAAUGUUUCCAAGCCAUUGAACUUUUUGGUUUGGAUAUGGAGGGCAUCUAUCGUCUUUCCGGCAGUGCGAAUCAUAUCAACCAGAUGAAACAACUCUUUGAUAAUGAUUCAUCCCAGGUGGAUUUUACGAAUCCAGAAAAUUUCUAUCAUGAUGUGAACAGCGUUGCGGGAUUGCUCAAGCAGUUCUUUAGAGAUUUACCCGAUCCGCUGUUCACUUCGCAUAGCUAUUCUGACUUCAUCAAUGCAGCCCGCAUCGAUGAUGAUGUCCAGCGUCGGGACUCGCUUCAUGCACUGGUAAAUAAUCUCCCAGAUGCACAUUACGCUACAUUGAGAGCCUUGGUAUUGCAUCUUAACAAGGUGCAAGAACAUUACACCCAGAACCGUAUGAACGCAGGAAACAUCGCUAUCUGUUUCGGACCUACUCUUAUGGGUGCCAGCUCCGGGGGUAACGUCGCCGACGCUGGUUGGCAGGUCCGCGUUAUUGAAACGGUUCUUUUGAACACCUUCCAGCUCUUCGACGAUGAUUAGGUUCGCCUCGUAGAAAGGGCAUAAACUGACCUCUGUCCUUUGAUCUUGCAUCGCGACACCCCCUUGUUUUUCUCUCCUUCUCCCCUUCUCUCCUUCUAGCCUUUCUUGAUCCUCGGUGGAUGCAUGUAUAUAAUGAUAUUUGGACCGAUGAAACAUUCUGACGAGAUAUCGUUGCCCAGGACGUAAUUCUAAUGGAUUUAGCGCAUCCCAUUCGAUCAUGACACAUUCUUCUUCUAUAAUUGGACUGAAGUAGCCUGGUGGGUAAUUACAAAUUGGAAAUGACAGCAAUAAUCGGAUAUAAUACAUAUGAUAAGGGUUAGCAAUGCGAAGUCGUUCGAGGGCCCGCUGAAUACAGUGAGAAUGGGAAAACCCAGGAAUGUGGGCGGUGUUAACACAUGGGUAGAAUCAAAAUUAGCUGUCAGAAGCACAGCAUAAUCCUGUAAUGGGAGUAGAGAAGAGAUUCUCAACG